UAAAUAAAGUAAAACUGAUGAAAUAUUUUCUAAACUGUGAUUUUUUACAUCUGUUAUCUGGAACACAUGGGAGCUGUUCUGUGUUAUUCCCCAGUGCUAUGUUAGACCACUUGUUCUGUAUGUAAGUUCCCCCCGGGCCCAUUCAGAGGAGGAUACGUACAGCCUACACACGGAUACCACAGAUUUACACAUAGUGUGUUUUACGUACUAACAGCGGUUACACACUCACGGAAUUUUAAAUAAGCAUGGACAAAGUAAUUGGAAUGGUGUCCAUAGUUCUCCAAGUUUUCAUGAUUGGUCCUGGUUUGGCGGAAUACGACAUCAGGGCAGUCACUGUAGAAGUUCCCUGGGAUGAAGCAAGUCAAGGAUGUGAGGACAUUGGAUACAACCUGUUUGACCCCGCAAUGGUGACAAAGCAAACACUGGUAUCAAAGGCACUCCUUCAGGAAGGGGAACGUUAUUGGACAAGUACAUACACGUCAAGAUCCCCCUUCUAUUGGAAACUUGGUUGUUAUGACGUUAAGGACCGAAGUUCUCUGCAUAUGACCGACUUUGGAAGUGAAAACUCUGUCUAUCAAUGUUCCCAGAAAUGUGGCGACUUGCAGUACAUCGGAUUGGAGGAUACGGGUUGCUUCUGUUUUCCGGCCUCAGCAAAGCUGUCUCAAGAAUCUGAAACCCCGUGCACGACUCUGUGUCCAGGGAACGCUAACGAAAUAUGUGGAGACUCCGGAUCGGGCAAAAUGUCGGUAUACCGGAAGUUGGACACUAAUGAGGACAGGGUAACCUUAGAGGGAACGACGGGAGAUUGUGUCACACUAAACAAAGAAAAUGUAGAUGCGAUGUACAAUUAUUAUUCCGACGACGACGAACACCAAUUGUUCACAGACAAAACCUGUACGGAAAAAAGGACAUUCUUCUGUCGAAAUUAUGUGUACGACCCAACCAAAUCAGACAGUGACAUAUUUAUUUAUAAACCGGAAAACAAGACUUGGUACGAAGCUCAGAGUGAUUGCUUGUCUAGUGGGAACGACCUCGCGUUUAUCGAUGGCUCCAACGCCUUCGGUGUUCUUUCCCGAGACACAAUACCAGUAGGCUCAGAAAGUUGGGUCGGGCUAUUUAGAGAAACUGCCGAACUCUCCGUAGCCGAAGGGGAUGUCACUGGUGAUCUAGUGUCAUGUAAUUCUAUUUCCAUCGACAGCAACGUACUGGAGGAGAGACACCAGCCGUGUAUGAAUAAGUUAAAGACGCUUUGUAUGAAGGCAAGGUAUUAAAGUGCAAAGAUGGCGUCUCCGGGGUUCCUUGCAUCGCAUAGACUCGGAAGGAGUUUUGGAACGACGUAAAGGACGGCUCCACAGACGCGUGUACAAUGUUAUGGCACCUAAUCACUUGUGGCACAUAGACACUAAUCAUAAGCUUGUUCGGUGGCGGUUUGUAGUAGCAGGCGGUAUCGACGGUUUUAGUAGGAAGAUCAUGUUUUUGAAAUGCUAUGACAACAACAAAUCUGCAACUGUGUUUCAAAGUUUUUUUUCUGGUGUAUGCGAAUAUGGAACACCAAACAAAGUCCGCUCAGACAAAGGUCUAGAAAAUGUAGAUGUGGCAAACUACAUGCUGUCUAACAGAGGAUUAACUGGCAUGAUAACAGGGAAGAGUACCCACAAUCAGCGUAUUGAACGUUUGUGGCGCGAUGUAUACGAAGGUGUUCUAAGUUUUUUUUACAAUUUAUUCUACUAUAUGGAAGAUCAAGGGAUUUUGGACUGUUUGGACAGUACUCAUUUACAAGCCCUUCAUUAUAUAUAUAUGGAUGAAAUUAACAGAAGGCUAUGUGUAUGGACCAAUGCAUGGGAUGCUCACAGAAUGAGAACUGUGAAGACGUCCCCACAAGCGCUGUGGAUUGCUGGGCAAUUACAAAACACAGUUGGUGUUGACGUAGAUGAACAUGAAUUACAGGACUAUGGUGUAGAGGGUUCAAUUCCUGAUGUUCUGCUAGAAACUGCGCAGAAUGAAAGGCCCAUAUUUAGUCCUCUGUCCGAACUUAAUGACCGGUGCAUACAGAUAUUGACACAGGAAGUUGGUUCUCCUAGCUUUAAUGUGAAUUUUGGAAUUGGCGAUUAUAAAACCUCUUUGAGAGUGAUACGUUUAUACAACAGUCAAUGAUGUAACUCAAGUGAGAGGCUGUUUGGAAUCAGCUGUUUGUUUCAUAUUUAAGAAAAGGUAUGGUCUCAAAAAUAAAGAACUAAACAUGAGGCACAUGGGGCCUGCAUCGCUAACCUGGAUAUUUCAGUGAUAAGUGCAAAGCACUAUAUUAAGUUAUAUACACGUAUUACAAAUACUUUCCCUAUUUUGGGAUUUACCUCUCAUUACCAUGUAUUGCACUUUCUUUUAACUAGCAUUUAGCUUUCUGGUUCAAAAUAAGAUUGUAAGCAAAUUAAGUUGAAAAGCACUCAACAUAAGUCAUGAAUAACCAAUUGACUUAUUUUAUUGGGUCCCACACAUCUGCCUCUGGUGGAAUUGAGAUUAGAAUCUGUAUAUAUGCAAUAAAAAGAUUGUUUAACUUGUGUGCAUAAUAACAGUAGUAGUAGUAAUGUCGCAGAAAUACUAUUUUAUAAAAAGAAUCUGUAAUUUUUCUAAUCCGGAUGUAUAAAGGCAAGAUACUGUUACCUAUAUUCGUAUAUAAUUAUUCCCCGCUUUCACCGAAAUGGGGGAUAUUAAUUUGGGUCUCUCUGUCUGUCAUGCUUCGUUUCCGUGAAAUAUUUAACUACAACAAAUAUUAACCGAUUUUCUUCAAACUUAGUCACAGUGUAAAAUGCCUUAAGGGCUCGACCAAGUUUGAUGACCACUUUCAGCAGACCCCAAUUGGCGGAGUUAUAGCCCCUUGAAUAACAAAACGUCAUUAUCUGCCGUUUCCUUGCAAUAACUGCAGCACAUGUUAACCAAUUUUCUUCAAACUUGGUCGAUUUUGAUGAAAAUUGGUAUAUAGGGAUAUUAGGGGACUGCGAA